GGAAACUGGGCGGCGUUUGAGCGGCUUUCUCUGCAUGGCGUGGAAAGAAGGGGCUUCUUCGCCGAGACGAAGAGACAAGAAAGGAUCCCAAUACCUCUCCUAGAAUGGCUUUUGCACAGGGUGAAGCGGAAGUGAGAAAGAAGAGCUGUACACAAAACGGAAAAAACGGACUCGGCAAAUUUGCGGGUAGAGUCUUCCGCGUUCGCAGCGACUUGGGCUGCUCGUACGCUGCAGCGGCGCCGAGAGAGUGUGUCGCGAAAUCCUGAACGCGAUCCAUAUCUGUAGGGAAAUACCGCGUUUCGCUCUUCUUUCGCCACAACAGCAAACAUACCGCUGCCUGAGACUUCUCGGCCGUCAACACGCAGUUUAAAACGUCUCUACCAAGCUUACUCGACACUUCCGUAUCACUCAAUCCAGCAACCGAAUAGCUUGCUGUACACUACCAGACACACUGCCGCUUUCAUGAUGUAAAACCAACAUCACUUUCUCUGUGUCUGUUCUGUAUCUUCAAGAGAUUUCGAAUACUCUUUGCUGGGUGGGGGUGUAUGAGAUCCCACGGGUUCGGUCUUGACCAGGCCGCGACAAGGCAUUUCCUUCCCUCGUACCUGGCACAUUUCCAUCCGCUUUCCCUGAUUUCUAAAUUUUCUCCACCAAACCGUCAUUGCUCCGGGCGCCCUCCUCUGCCGUUGCACCGUCCAGACGUCCGCGGCGACUGCGGGUCCACUGGGAGGGAUUGGCCAUCGUCCUGACCGAGAGAACAUCACUUACUCUUUCUUCCCGAGCCCACCAUGGACGCUGUAAUCGCCGAAGCUGCAGCUGCACUCCCCGAAGUCCCGACGGCAGCAGCGGCGGCAAUUGCUGCAGGACAGUGUGCGCAGGAACAACGCACAAGAGCAGGUGCCAGGGAUGGGAGGCAAGUAGACCAUGCACAUUCCACCGAGGAGGAGGACGAAGUUCUUGCUCAGCAGAUGAGGAAGGAAGGCAUCAAUACUCCUGCAGUCCAGGAGAAACUGCUGGUGGUCGAGGGGAAAGAAGUCGCCGUGUUAUGCGUCACGUUUUCUGACAAAAUCUUUGUCACGAUUUCUGACAACGGGAAAAUGGCCGCUAUGAUUCAAGGUUCUGCAGGAUUUGAGCAGGAGCGGGCGGACUUCGGAGUUCGGUUUAUCUUCGGAGACAGGCAUCGAGAAUAUUUCCUGGUCUACGCGCGAGAGCUGCUUGCGAUGAUUUCUGCGCAAUCCAAGAAAGAGCUCCUUCUGGCUAUCUCUAUCGGUGUCGAUAGCCCUUCCUUUUUCAGAGCCGUCAUGAGCGGCAUUCGCGAAAACUUCCACUUCCACUAGAGCAACGGCUCAACUGUGAAAGAAAACCCGAACCUGUUUAUACACUGUAAAACACUGCGUCCACCAUCGCUUUUUGGGUACAGAGUUGUACCGCAUGCUCUCUCACACCUCAACGUGUCUGGCCACGAAUUUGUUUCAGCUAGCCGCACCUUCUUCUGCUUCACUCUUCCCUCACCACCUCAAAAGAGCCCGUCGUCUGCGAAAGAUGCUUUCACCCCACUUACGAAGGGACAGACGUUACACUGGAGAAUCCGUGCACCUCGACGCAUUUGAUUCCCAAGCCGGUCUUGGCGAGUUCCAGUUCUCUGGAAUGCCAGCCAACAGGCGACUUUUCUCCGGUGUGUGGACUACGAGGUUUAUUUACGCCCAGUUCGCGUGGGUGUUCGGAUUCGUUUUUGUCUUUCGGGACUUGCUCCUCUGUACUGACUUGCUCGUAAAGACUCGCGUUGUACAGGCGUAGCUGAUGGUACAGAAAGUGACUGGACAAGGGCCUAGUUUUUCUUUGGAUGUACAGUGGCUACCAUUGUGACAAAGACGGUAUCUCCGCGACGGCGCCUCCCGUUGUUGCCUACUCGCUAUUGUGAUGUAAAACUGGCUUGUGUAUCCACACACUUUAAGGGAUCUGCUUUCUUUAACGAAAUGUAACAGCA